AUGUCAAAGAGAUACCCAAUAGUCAGCGAUGAUUACAUAACUGCCAUUUGCAAGGCCAGAAAGAAGCUCAGGGGUGUCAUCUAUGCGAAAAAGCUUGCUCCUCUUAUGCUGAGGCUUGUAUGGAACUCGGCUACAACUUUUGAUGUUAUCACAAGAACUGGUGGCCCAUUUGGUACAAUGCGACUUGAAGCGGAGCAGAAUCACGAUGCCAACACUGGUCUUACUGACGUUGUUCAAUGCUUGGAAGUCAUAAAAAGGCAAUUUCCAGUGAUCUCAUAUGCUGAUUUGUACCAGUUGGCUGGAGUAGUUGCUGUUGAAAUCACUGGUGGUCCAGAGAUUCCUUUCCACCCGGGAAGAGAGGACAAGCCUGAGCCACCACCAGAAGGCCGUCUCCCUGCCUGCACCAAGGGAGCUGACCAUUUGAGAGAAGUGUUUGGCCGCAUGGGUUUCAGCGACAAAGAUAUUGUUGCUCUCUCUGGUGGCCACACUUUGGGGCAGUGCUAUGUGUAUCACAGUGGAUAUCAUGGAUCAUGGACCGGCACCCCUGACAUUUUUGACAAGAGCUAUUUUGAGGAACUUCUGAUUCGUCAUUUCUUUGCACGUGACAAAGACGCAACGUAUAUUGGUAUUGGGCCUCGUGGUAAUCGCCUAUUGCUUCAAUCCGACAAGGCACUUGUUACGGACCCCGCCUUGUGUGCUUUUGUCAUCAAGUACUCACAAAACUCGAAUGGUACAGAUUUGCUGAUGAUGCUUAGAAGUUCGGAGGAGGAGUUACCUGCUGUACAAGGACUACACUACACAUAA